CCCUUUUUAUCACUCUAGCUUGUGUGCUGCUGCUGCUGCUGAGGCUGUGAGCACUGAGCGUCACUCUGCAUCCAACAACAGACAUGGCGACAGUGGUCCAGCCCCUGACAUUGGACAGAGAUGUUGCACGCGCUAUAGAGCUGUUAGAGACGUUGGAGACAUCAGGAGACCUCCCAGUACACAAGCUGCAAUCGCUGAAAAAAGUACUGCAGAGUGAAUUUUGCACAGCUAUAAGAGAGGUGUAUCAGUACAUGCAUGAAACCAUUCCAGUAAAUGGAUGCCCAGAAUUACGGGCUCGUGCUACAGCCAAGGCAACCGUCGCUGCGUUUGCUGCCAGUGAAGGUCAUUCUCAUCCCCGGGUAGUGGAGCUGCCAAAAACCGAUGAAGGACUUGGCUUUAAUGUUAUGGGAGGCAAAGAACAGAAUUCCCCCAUUUAUAUUUCUCGCAUCAUUCCAGGAGGAGUGGCAGAGAGACAUGGUGGACUCAAACGGGGUGACCAGCUGCUUUCUGUCAAUGGAGUGAGUGUAGAAGGGGAACAUCAUGAAAAAGCAGUCGAGUUGCUUAAAGCUGCAAAAGACAGUGUGAAACUGGUAGUGCGAUACACACCAAAGGUGUUGGAUGAAAUGGAAGCUCGUUUUGAAAAGCUGAGGACUGCUAGACGGAGGCAACAACAGCAGCUAUUAAUUCAGCAGCAGCAGCAACAGCAGCAACAACAGCACACACAGCAAAACCAUAUGUCGUAGUUUUUUCUCGCGAAAAAAGCACUGACCUAACCAACAACCAAGAAGCUAUUCAGCUGAGCUUCUCCAGUUCAGACGGUACAUGGUGCAGGAAACCCAACGGAGAGGAAUCAUUCGGCAGAGAUGUUACUAAGUUUUCCCUACAUUGGUGGCCAUUUAGUAGAUAGCGAGACCUUUUGUUUUGGACUUCAAAUAUUUGAUGUGAUCAUUUUAUUUACUAUUGUAUAAAGGAGAUAAAGAAAUAUGUUAAUGAUAAGUUCAUUCUAUGUAGUUGGACCAGGUUGCCUGGAAUCGUCUAGAAACAUUCAAAAGCACCACUGUCAGACACUUUGCAAUCCAACUCUUGAGAAGUACAACUCCCUCCAGUCUCAGCUAGGACUUGCCAUUCAUAACUGUUGGAAGGCCAUUAGUUUGACCUCCCUACGAUCAAAAUAAUUAUGUACUGUAUAUUGUAUAACUGACAUGUUGUUUGUAAUAAAAUUCAAUAUUUUUCCUUACAAUAGUAAGUUAUUACAUUUAUACCGUUUUUAGAGACAGCAGCAUCACUUGUGUUUUAUAUGUUAAACUCGAGCAAUGUUCAGUACUGUAGCUGCUGCAUAGUUAGGGAAGAGAUCUCUUUCUUUACAUAUAAGUAGUAUGUAGCAAUUCUUAUCAUAUUAUAUAAAUAUAUAUAUAUAUGAACACAUGUAUUAUCGGUUCUUUCGUGUUCUAAUAGAUUUUAUUUUGUUUUUAAUGUUUAUUACCUACAUAUAUAUAUAUAUAUAUA